AUGGCCGAGAUCAAUCCUUUGGCGAUCUUUCGUAUCUCCUUUAAUCUUGCUGACAUUUGUGUUGCAGGUAUCAAUGUUGACGAGGGUCUUGCAAUUCAAUGCGGUUUCAAUCUUAUUGCGGUAGGAUCUCGGCAGCUUAUCUCCAUUUAUAGCCAGGACCUUGAAAAGGACAAGCAUCAAGGUGAACUUGUCGGUUCGAUACUGUUGCCAAAACCAGUUUCUGAUGGUGGCUUUCUCGAACUAAAAUUUCUCAGUGAAUCAGAGCUAUUCUAUUGCGACUCUUACUCGUGCAGCUUGUGCGCAGCAUCAAAUAAGCAGUGGUCUUGUGAUACUCUCGCCCUUUCUUGGAAUGGUGAGAAUAGUACGUCAUUACUGGACGUUUCCUCUGCAUACUACUCUGGGAAGUUAUUUGUUCGUGUAGCAGAGCUGACUCGAGCUGCAAUCUUAGCUUUUCCUACCAAUAACCCUAGGUCGCUGCGUCCUGCGCAAAGUGCUCCAGAUGCCCCAUAUGUGAGAGGCUUUAGCACUGUUUUUGGUUUUUCGAGAGGGAUGUACAUAUAUUUCGUUGGCUCGGCUGUUCAACCUUACGAACCUUUCAUCAAUGCUAAUUUGGGAAACGAGAAUCGUACCAUUACCAAGAUCACCAGGAUAUGUUCAUCUGAUCUCACUUCACAACUAGAAUCUCGGAUAGAUCUUGCCAUCGAAUGCGGAUUCGGAGGUAUCAUUUCGGUUGUUGUUAUCUAA